AUGGGUCUUAGAGAUGCAGUUCAUUGUCUGAAAUGCCCAGAAGAUCAAUAUCCAAACAGGAACAAAAACAAAUGUGUUCAAAAGGUUCUGAGCUUCCUUGCCUAUCAUGAGCCCUUGGGCAUUGUUUUGGUUGUCCUUGCUAUCUUUUUUGCUGCAUUAACAGUUUUGGUAAUACACAUUUUUCUAAAGAACUGGACUACCCCUAUUGUCAAAGCCAACAACCGGAACCUCACCUGUGUUCUGCUUGCCUCCAUUUUCCUUUGCUACCUUUCUUCCCUUCUCUUCAUUGGCAAGCCUGGGAAGCUGGGCUGCUUGCUCCGGCAAACAGCAUUUGGCAUCAUUUUCUCUGUUGUAGUUUCUUGUGUGUUGGCAAAAACCAUCAUGGUGGUCCUGGCCUUCCUGGCCACAAAGCCAGGCAACAGCAUGAGGAAAUGGCUAGGGCAGAAAGUAGCCACCUCCAUUGUUAUUUUGUGCUCACUCAUUCAAGCAGAUAUUUGCAUUGUGUGGCUGUUAACUUCUCCUCCCUUCCCCAAUGCUGACAUGGACUCACAGGCUGGAUAUAUUAUAUUGGAAUGUAAUGAAGGUUCCAUCACCAUGUUCUACUGUGUCUUGGGCUACUUGGGCAUUCUGGCCAUGAUCAGCUUCACCGUAGCCUUCCUGGCCAGGAAACUGCCAGAUACAUUCAACGAAGCCAAGUUCAUCACUUUCAGCAUGCUGGUGUUUUGCAGUGUUUGGAUCUCCUUCAUUCCGGGUUACUUGAGCACCAAGGGGAAAUACAUAGUGGCUGUGGAAGUUUUUGCCAUCUUGGCCUCCAACACUGGCCUCUUGCUUUGCAUAUUUCUUCCAAAAUGCUACAUCAUUGUUCUAAGAUCUGAUCUGAACACAAGAAAGGUCCUAAUAGAAAAAAAGAGUUAUUAA